GCCUGGCUGACCACUGCUGCUGCUAUAAAACUCCCCGCUCCUGCCACACUCAGCGUCUUAAGAUGCACAUGUGCGGGGAGAGGAAACAGGCAGCCCUGCCUGCGAGCGGCCCUUAACCCCUUCCGCACGCAGAGAGCCGGCAGGGGAUCCCAGCACCCCGCCACCCUCCGCGGCGCCGCAUCCCAGCCGGAGCCUAGCCGGGGGAGGGCGACACGAUCCGGGGCUCCCCGGACCCCAGGCGAGGCGGCAGCAUGAGCGCCUGGAGCUGAGGCCGUCCCGCGGCAGGAGGAGGUGGGCAGAGAGCAGCGGCGGUCCCCACGCGGCUUCCUCGGUGUCCCCCCGGCCGCCCAAAAUGUCCUUUGCCAUGCUGCGCUCGGCCCCCAGCCGGUACCUGUACCCCGAGAUCAGCAUGCUGUCGGAGGACGAGGAGAACGGCAGCGAGAGCUCCGGCUCCGACGAGAAGCCCUACCACCUGGACGCCGACGGCUACGGCAUCAAGGCCAGCAAGCGCAGGAGCGGCAAGAAACCCAACCGGAUCAACAGGGAGCCCCGGCAGCGUCACACGGCCAACGCGCGGGAGCGUGACCGCACCAACAGCGUCAACACCGCCUUCACCGCCCUCCGCACCCUCAUCCCCACCGAGCCGGCCGACAGAAAGCUCUCCAAGAUCGAGACCUUGAGACUGGCCUCCAGCUACAUCUCCCACCUGGGGAACGUGCUGCUGGUGGGGGAGGCGUGCGGGGACGGGCAGCCCUGCCACACCACCCCCGCCUUCUACCACCACGGCGGCGGCAGCCCCCCCGCGCGCGACACCGAGAACUCCCAGCCCAAACAGAUCUGCACUUUCUGCCUCAGCAACCAGAGGAAGCUGAGUAAAGACCGAGACAGGAAGACGGCGAUUCGGAGCUAGAUGAUCAUCGUUUUCAGGAAGGACAACAAGGAGGAGCAGAGGGAGGAAGGAUGGAAAAGCCACACACACAAAACCACAGCCACGGACACUCCUGCCUUCAGCCUGCUGCCGGGGAGAGCCGCACGGCG